CCUGUUGUUUUGUUUGUGGUAAAACAAAUAGAAAAGGUGAAAGUGUUAGGGACUGUUUAAAUGAAUCGUGUAAACAAAGUCUGUGUUGACAAUGCCUUUUACUACGGUUUAAAAAGCGUUCAGCGCGAGCAUAAAUUUUAUUACUAAAGCAAACAAAUGGAACUUGUGAAGUGUAGAUUGUGUACCUCUAAUGAAAAUUUAAUUGAAAUAUUCAGUGAGGAUGGACAUGCUCGCCGUCUCGCCCUGAAAAUCAACGAAUGCCUACCAGUCGUGGUGCAUCCAGGAGAUCGUCUUCCUAAGCUUAUAUGUGUGUCUUGCAGUAAUAAAGUGGAAGAAUUUUAUAACUUUUGGAGAGCAUGUGAAGAAGCCAAUUUGACCUUGGAUUCUGUAUGUAACUUGCAGGAAGAUCCAAAUCUUCAAUCUGAGCAGUCACUGAGAGUGAGUCAUCCUGCAGUUAUCGAAGGAUCUGAUGCUAAGACAGAUAAGGAAAAUGAAGAUCAACUGUGUGUGCCAGUUGAGCCAAAUGAUGUAAUGCAAGAACUGUGUGCACGAGCUGAAUCACCAGUUGAGCCUACGUUCAACAUUAAAGAGCCUCGCAUUGGAGAUUAUGUGUUAGUAAAGGAGGAAACAUUUGAACUAGCGAAGGACAAACAUUGCAAGGGUUCAAACAGUAAUGAGGAAAAGAUAAACCUGGAAUUCUCAGAGCAUGAGGCUGAAACUGAUAAGGAUAUUUUUGAAGUUCAGCAGAAAAGGAAAGAGAAACUGCCACAGAUGUGGGAUGUUUUUGAAAAGCAUGGUUCAAAUUCUAUGGUAACACAUCGGCGAUACAUAAUAAGCAAGGCAGCAUUUUCUUGUUCAUUGUGUGGCCAGUGUUACAAACUCGCAGAAGCAUUAUCUGGAGACACUACUGACAAUAAUGGAGCUGGUGUUGAGUUCCGAACAUUUGCUUGUAGUAUAUGUGGCAAAGUUUUUCCUCGCCGAAGUUCUCUAAAACGACAUCUGUCAUUGCAUGGAGAUGUAAAACCAUUUCCUUGCCAUUUAUGUGGCCGAGCCUUUAACAGAAAGGAACAUUUGUCGAGACACACUCUUUCUCACACAGGUGGGAGGCCUUAUAAUUGUGACAUCUGUUCGAAACCAUUUACAAGAAAAGAACAUUUGGCAAGGCAUCGAAACAUUACUCAUUUUUCAGAACUGCAUCCUAAUAAAAUUUUUGUGACUGCAGGGUCUUCAACUGAAAAUAUUAAGAAGGAAUCAGAAGACAGUAGGACAGACCAGCCUUACAAGUGCAAUUUCUGUGGACAGUGUUUUUCUGAAGAAGAGCACCUUAUCAAACAUCAGGAAAAUGAACACUGGCAAGUGACAGCUAGUAGUAUGAAGGAGACCAUCUUGCGACCUUACAUUUGUACUGUGUGUCAUAAGAGAUUUACUCGCAAAGAACAUUUAGUCAGACAUCAUAAGAUCCAUGAGAAGCAUUAUACUAGUGUUCAAAGAACAGAUUUGUCUGUAUCCCUAAUGAAAAACCGUACAUUUUGCAUUGAUAUGCAGGGAAUGGAAAUCAGAGGCUCAAGCAGCUGUCCUCUGCCGAAAGUUGCAAGUAUUGACACAGAAGACCUUUAGGCUAGUUUUCCCUGUUCUUCUCAACUAUCAUGAAGUAUGGACUGUUGCAGGGAGAGCACAUUCACUAAUUUUCUUUUAGAAUGAAUUAAAAAUUGCUGUUCAUUAUAAAUUUCAUCUUUUUAGUAACAUUUAAAUUAGAGCAAAGGUUCUGGUUGAUUGGAGGUUUUAGGUAGACAGAUUGAUUUGUGUGUUUGGAUAAUUGUCACAAUGCUUGUAGCCUAGCUUCAAGUACUGGUCUGGCAUACAGUUUUAAUUUGUCAUGAAAUUUUUUUAUUUUAAAACAGUUACCAGGUUAGAGAAGCAUGCAUCAGUUUAAGAUUAUUAUAACAUUUUCCCACUGUCCUCUAUCAUGUCAUAAGCAGUUGACCUUGUAUCCCGGACACUUUCCUUUCUCACAUAUACCUCAUACUUCUCAUCUUAAUUACACUUUUCUCCCCCUCUCCAUCACACAUUGCUUACUCAAUCCCUACCUCCCCCUCCUCCCUUCUUCCAUUCCCUUCCUUCCUCCUUCCCUCCCCUUCCUCCCUCCUUCUUUCCUCUUUCCCCCUCCUUCUCCUCCCUCUUCCAUCUCUUUACAUUUCCUUCCCGCCUCCCUCUCUCCCCAUAGUCCAUCCCUCAUUCCUUCCCUUCCUACCAAGGAAGGUGGGGCAUGGACUCUCAUUGGGAAGGACAAUGGCUCAAUAUGCAUCCGGCCAUCCAAAUUUAGGUUUUCUGUAUUCCCUAAAUCGCUCCAGGCAAAUGCUAAGAUGGCUCCUUUGAAAGGAUGCAGCCAAUUUCCAUCCCCAUCUUCAAAACAUUCAGAGUUUGUGCUCCAUCUUUAAUUACCUCUAUGUUGACUGCACAAUAACCACUAAUCUUCCUUCCUGUGUCCCGUACUGACUCCCCUACUCCACUCCCUCCAUUUCUCUCUCUCCUCUCUCUCUCUCUCUCUCUCUCUCUCUCUCUCUCUCUCUCUCUCUCUCUCUCUCUCUCUGACAUACUCAACUCCCACUAUCCUACACAUACCCUCUCUCUUCGAACACCUCUCUCACCUCCCUGUAAUCAUACCUUCCUCGCUCCAGCUUUCUUCCCCAUUUCCUUUCUUCCAUUUUCCCUCUCUCCAUUACAGCCCCCCUCUUUCUCUCAGUUAAAUUUCCCAUCAUCCUUUACACUUUUUUCCUUCAGUUACACAUCUCAAAUUACGAUUUCAUUAAAGCACAUUGUGUGAACGAUUGAUUUAUUUCACUCAUGUGGCUCAGGCCCUUAUAGUGGACACCACUGUGAGUGUGAGGCGUGUAACUGUCUUGUAUCGGCAACUGUAAUGAUAAGUGUGUAGUGUAUUGUAGUGCUCACCCCUUAUACCCUCCUGUUUCCACCACAGGGCCUAUACCCAUCCCAAGUACUCCAACCAUUUCCACUCUUCCCUCCUCUUAUUCUCCCACCUUCCUGUUGUUUCUUUCCCCUCCAUACUCCAUCUCUCAACCCCCUCCCUCCCUUUUCCUCUCCUCCUCCCCUCCUCC